AUGUCUCUUUUUCGGUUGGAAGAUCUGCUGGCGCCUCGCGCGGAGGCCAUGCAGGCUCUUGACUUGUCCACAGCACGGCCUCGCACAAAACAAGAGUUUGAAAAACUCUUGGCUCACAUUCCCGAAUUCCGCAUCAAGCCUGAAAAGGUUCGGCCAGAAGAAGUUACCAUUGGCGAGGAUUAUUCCUUCACAUGUCGCAAAGAAGCACAACAGAAAAACAAAUCGUCCCCUCACCGCCAAUAUCCUCGUGGCGGAGGGGCGAGGGACAAAUCACCACAGAAGACGGGCCGUAUCGUUGCCGGGAUCCACCCAAUCAGCGUCAGCUGUGGAAAUUCCUAUCCGGACCCGAUACCUGUGGCCAUGCAAGCCGUACGCAUCCUCGAUCUCGCUACGGUCGACAUCAACUGGAAAAUGUUGACAGUGGCUCGACCUACAUCAAAACAAGACGAUGAAUUUUUCACAAAGUUGGUGGAGUUGGAAAAAUUACGGCUGAAAACGAGACGAGAAGGAGGGAUUCGAACUAGGCGGAUCAGUGGCUUUGUCAGUGGACUCUCUGUCCGUCGAAUUAUCAGAACGAAUCGCUCAGGAGUGACAGAAAUCCGGCUUCCGGCCUGCCUACAGUGCGGAUUCGAGCUAUGCGAUUCGGUUCAUUGCGUGAAAUUUACGUACGAGGACUUUUUCCGACAGCAAAGCGAUCAGGUGGACGAGGCUGACAAGAACAAGGAUGGAACCGAUCCAGUGGACGAGGAAGAAGAGAAACGACUCAAGGAAGAAAACAAAAAGCAAGUCAUCACUUCGAUGAAAGGAACGGCCAUGAAGAUGAAACAGGCCAAGAAGCAGCAACAGUCCAGCAAGCGUCCAGCUGUUAAAACUUGAAAUGACCUUAUCGUCUAUACUAUUAUAUAUAUUCUAAUAAUCUGACGGAUGUAAAAUUUUAUGUGCUGUAAAAAAAAUUGGCUUUCUGUUUGGCCCCAAAACGCAUCUGUAAAUUCGCUAUUUUCAUCAAAAUAAACUAUUGAUUCCGCCUUUAAAA